UGCAAACGUCGGUGUCUACAUAAACGAUCAUCUUGUGGUGCAAGGUUAUAGUUGUCUCUUCUCCAUUGCGGGAGGAAAUCCCAGAAAAUUAUUAAUAAAUAAAUAUAUUAAUAAGUACUCCAAUUAUUAAAUUAAUCACCAAUUAAUAAAUUCUAUUUAAAGUUUGAUAACUAACUAAAUUAAUUAGCACAAGCAGAAAUUUCCUGGAAGUGGACAAGUUAUCAUAACGUAGCCACAACAUUGCAAAAAUUUACAUACGUACGUAUGAUUUUGCACGAAUUUGCAUACGUGUGAAUUUGCUCAAGUGUAUUUAAAUUGUGAUUCCUCGCCAACCAAAAGUCAAUCAUUUUCAGUUUCUGAGAACAACUCAGCUUACAUAAUUAACCCUCACAUUUUUUAAAGUGACAUUAUUUUGUGCCCGUGAAUAAGGAAAGGAUGUGGCGUGGUCGUCGCAAAUUAUAUUAAGUUAACCGCACACAGAAAGAAAGAAAUUGGCUGAAAUAUGGUUUCAAUGCUGAAUAUCUAGAUAAGUAACAGGACAAAUCACUAUACAUACAUUUGUACAAGUUGUCUUUCCUCGGAAAAAAUGGGUCGUUGAUAAAAUGCCGAGAAUCGCGAGUCAAAAGUCACAUUAAGCCAAGAAUCAUGGUAUAAAACGUGAAUAGGAAGUGUGUAAACUCUACAUUCUCACAAAGUCAAAAGACAUCCCGACAACAAGAAAACAUAAAUAUAAAUACUGUGUUUAAAAAGUCGUGUAACAUCUCGUUAUCAAAAUCAGUACGUUGUUGACCACGCGAUAAGUACAUAACAUAUUUACAUAUUUAUGAAUCUAAAUACACUAAAUACACUUCUAAAUAGUUCAUCAAACUGUCAAAACAUUGCGAAAUUAAAUUAAAUUAGUGCAAAAAUUUAAACAAACAAAAUGUCUCAAUUUACCACGCAACGCGUCCUCCUUUCGUUCUGCUGCUUCGUUCUCAUUUCGCACACAUUUUUCGCAAGUGCGAGAAACAUCCGGAGUGCGUAUCAACAACUAGAUUACGUCGAUGAUGGAGAAGAAAAUUGGCGAAAUGAUGAACCAGGAGAAAAUUGGCGAGGAGUGCGAAAUCAUCAAAAUUACGAAGAUCUCCUUUCACUCGAUCCAUCGUGGGAGAUGAAACACGACAAUUCGCCGAGAAGGUCGAGAUGGGCGAUGCCGGCAAGCGGUGUAACCGACAGCGAACUGCGGUGUCCCCCGGGAUCAACGCCACACUCGUCGGGCACACAUUGCGUCUAUGAUGACGAGGAGUAUUAAGUAUUAUUUAUGUAGAGAUUUGCAAAUUCCUUACGCCAUAACUUGCGCCAAUGUUAUACAUAGUUUAACUAUGGUGCAAGUUACACGUUUUAUUUAUUUACCGUACCAAUUAUGUAUACCUAAUUUAUGUAACUUCCUUACAAAUACCUUAAUUAGUAAUAAUUAUUUAAUAAUUUUUCUGAUAAUAGUCAAUCAACCUGCGCCAAUGUUGUAGUAUAACUAUGGCGCAAGUUAGCAUACAAAGAGUGGACAAGGUUUUAUCAUAGGUGCCAAUUAUAAUUUAACUUAAAAUACUUACGUAUCUACAUAUAAAUAUUUAGUAUUUUUUUGAUAAUAGCCAAUUCAAUCAACCUGCGCCAAUGUUAUUGUUUAACUAUGGCGCAAGUUAGAAAGAGUGGACAAGAUUGUAGGAUACCAAAUUAAAUAUACUUAUCUAACUUGUAAAUAUUAAUUAGCUAAAUAUUUAAUUACUUUUUUGCUAAGAUUUAGUCACUCACUCAACAGUUGUCUCGUCAAUGUCAGUAUUUAUCUAUGUAAAAUUAUCGAUUAUAUUGAAUUCCUAGUGAAAGCUUGUCCUUAAAUAAAUUGACUUUCACUUUAUCCAUAA